AUGAGAUCCGCCAGCUGCAUAAGACUGGCGCGCCAGUCUGCUGCGUUGAAUGGUGGCUUAAGGCCCUUUGGUCCAAGAGCCACUCUUUCAACUGCACCAUGGGGUUGGGCGCCCCCUUCGUUGUGCCUUGAGUCUGCAAACAGACAAGCCGUUCGAGCUUUCUCUGCCAAAUCUGGAAUUCACAUCAAUGAAUCUUCGAGAUUUGCAAAAGAGGAGCAGGAAAAGCAGGAAGAAGAUGGCAUCUCGCCGUUCAAGAGGCAUCGAAGGAAAGAAUUGCAAGAGGAUCAAAGGAGCGAGGAUCCGCUAUACCCAGAGGCUUAUCCUCGACUAGAAUCGUCAUCUAUUAGGAAGAGCGUCCCUGAGUUUCUGCAAGAAUCCCACGAUGAGCUUUCGGGCGAGCUCGUCACUUUAUCUGGGCGAAUUCGAUCAAAACGCGUUGUGGGCAAUUCUCUCAUCUUCCUCGACAUAACCAAUGAAUUUCAAAAAGUUCAAAUUAUGAUCAACAAAAGCAAAGUUGCUUCAGAGGAGCAAUCUCGUGUUCACAAAUUUCGCCUCCUUAAGAAUUUGAUCCAAGUUGGAGACCAUAUAUCGGUUACUGGUAUUGCCACUCGUACAAACACAGGGCAGCUUUCCCUUGAGGCUCGCGAGCUACCUGAGCUUCUCUCCCCAUCCAUGGAGCAAGUUCCGGAGAAGCUCACGGACCCCAAGACCAAAAUGCAAGAGCGCCAUGUCGAUAUGCUAGUGAAUCGAGACGUCGUCGACAUCUUGAGAUUACGAUCCGAAAUUAUGAAGCAGAUCCGAGAUCAUUUCCACUCUAAGCGAUUCCUCGAGUUCCAAACGCCAAUUCUUGCUGAGAACGCUGGUGGUGCUGUUGCGCGACCGUUUGUAACACGAGCCACAGAGUUCCGAGGCAAAGAUCUUGCACUUAGGAUAGCGCCCGAGUUAUGGCUAAAGCGUCUGGUCGUCGGCGGCGUAGACAAAGUCUUCGAGAUGGGUCCUGCUUUCCGAAAUGAAGGUGUUGAUGCCACUCACAAUCCGGAAUUCACAAUGUGUGAAUUCUACAGUGCUUAUACCAAUCUUCCUGAUCUCAUCAAGGAGACGGAAGAACUGAUCUUUACUCUUGCAAGGCACUCCCAAGAGUUGAUAUCCACGCAGCUUACCACCCUGCCUCCUAUCGACCUCAGCAAGUUCACCAGGCCGUUCAAACAGGUGGAAUUUAUACCCGCUUUGGAAGAAGCUAUCGGGGUUCGCUUCCCGAAGCUUUCUGCGGAAGAUGGUGCUCUCCCCGAACUCCUUGCCGUUCUGAAGCUCUCGGGCAUUGAGAUUCCCGGAGAGGUGCCCACAUCUUUACCAAAGCUCCUUGAUCGACUCGCCGCGACUUAUAUAGAGCCCAUGUCCUUCACAGAGCCGAUUUUCAUCACGAAUCACCCCGCCUGCAUGUCUCCGCUAGCAAAGAGCUUCCUCUGUCCCAAGACUUAUCAACUAGUUUCUGCUCGUGCGGAACUCUUCAUUGGUGGCCGAGAACUCGCCAAUAUGUAUGAGGAGGAGAACAACCCGGAAGAGCAGCAACGAAAACUGGCAGUCCAUCGCAGCCUCGUGAACAAGCCUGACGGCACUGUAGGAUUCGCAGAGCAGCCGGCGUUGGAUACUGAUGCUGAGACUACCCCGAUUGAGCCGGUUGAAGAAGACGAGUGGGAAGCGUCCCCUCUUGAUCAGAGCUACGUGAAGGCUCUUGACUACGGCCUUCCCCCCACUGGUGGCUGGGGAUGCGGUGUCGAACGCCUAGUGAUGCUCUUUUCGGGCGCCAACCGUAUCAGCGACUGCCUAAGCUUUGGCACGUUGAGAAAUGUGGUUGGAUUGUCAGCUGACGAGAAAGCUAAUGAGAAAUAA